AUGCAGGAAAUUAUUGAGCCGGAUGAUCAUGACUCUACCUAUGGCGACAACGAGGACACGGCAUCGUCGACGGCGAGCUUGAGUAGUUCCAUUCUAGACUAUAGAAAGGAAAACGGUAGAACUUAUCACAAGUUCCACGAUGGAAAGUAUCAUUUUCCCAACGAUGAUGCCGAGAACGAAAGACUAGACCUCCAGCACCACAUCUUCUACCUCACUCUUGAUGGAAAGUUGGGAUUUGCUCCACCCAACAAGCCUGAUGCCAAGGUUGGACGGGUUCUCGAUCUCGGUACUGGUACUGGCAUCUGGGCCAUGGAUUUUGGAGACGAGCACCCCGAGGCUGAGGUUAUCGGCAUUGAUCUCUCACCAAGCCAACCCCAAUUUGUCCCCCCUAAUGUUAGAUUCGAGAUUGAUGACUGGGAUGAGGAAUGGACAUACUCGCAACCCUUCGACUACAUACAUAGUCGGAUGAAUAACUCUAGUAUAUCUGACUGGGAAGAGUAUAUUCGAAAGUCGUUUGAAAAUCUCAAGCCAGGAGGUUACAUCGAGCUUCAAGAAUUCACUCUCCCUCUCUCUGACGAUGGCACCCUCACCCCGGAACAUGCCCUUUUCCAGUCUAUGAAGCAUCUCGGUGAAGCUGCGGCCAAGUCUGGCCGCGCAUUUAUCGACCUCAACACUCUGGGGGGACUACUCGAGAAAGCCGGCUUCGAGGAUGUUCAAGAGUACAAGUUCAAGUGGCCCUCCAACACAUGGCCACGGGACCGCAAGUACAAGGAACUGGGCGUCUGGAACCAUGAAAACAUUGUAGCAGGUCUCCAGGGCUUUUUGAUGGCGGCGUUAACGAGGGCCCUUGGAUGGCAGGCUGAGGAAGUAAACGUUCUUGCUGCAAAGGCCAAGCAAGAUAUGCGCGAUAAGAGCAUUCAUGCUUACUGGCCCAUGAUUGUGGUUACCGCAAGAAAGCCCGUGCUCAAGGAAACUUCUGCAGAGAAGUAG